AUGAUGUGGCCUUCGUCACAAGCUAGUAAAAUCCUAACGCUUCUCCUCGUAAUCGUCGUCGUGUACUGUAUUUAUAUGGACACGUUUCUAUUUUUAAGGAUAAAGAAUUAUAAGAUUGAUUUAUUUGAACCCGUUCAAAAUGCAACGACGCAGACGUCGACAUUUCAGUCGGUGAAAUCAUCGAACUACGAAGAUGUUACUUGGAUACCUUGUAAUAUUAACCCUCUAUGUCACCCGACUGUGAAAGCUCUGAUGGUCGAUCACAUUAAUCAUUACAUAUACGGCCCGCUGUGCGCGAUCGUCGAUAUAGGAUUUAGCAUAUCAGAAAGAAUGCUAUUUCUGACGCCGAAUAUGAUAUCCCUGUUUCACGUAUUCGUUGCAUGCAUUGGAGCGAAACUGUUGACAUGUCAGAGUUUAGUAAUACGUCGUGUUGCUAUUGUUUUGUUCCAAAUUAGAAUGUUCUUGGACGAUCUAGAUGGGCACGUAGCUAGAGAGAGGAAGCACAUAAAAGGGGAGAGGUCUGAAGUCGGGAGUUUGGGGUACUGGGUGGAUGGUAUAUGUGAUUUAGUGGGUGUAACAGCUAUGAUGAUUGGUAUUCUAUUGUAUUUAAAGACUAAUCCUCCAAGACGGGGCUACAAAGAGAUAAACUCAAGCGAGGAUAUUGAGAGAGAUCACACAGCCGAAAUAGGCAUAUCGUAUAAGACAAAAGUGCCCCUGCAGAGGAUAAUUCAAGUGUUGGGUCUGUUUUCCGGUCAAAUGGUGCUAUCUUCGCUAGCUUGGAAUAGGUAUAUAGAUAUAUAUCAGGAUUUGUUGGAGAAUUGCACGGAAUACGAUGUUGUUAGGCGGGAAGCAAGUUUCACUUCAAAAACGUUUUUCUUCGCUACGGGUCUCUGGAGGAUAGUUAAUCCACAUAGUUAUUUACAUCUGUUAUCUUUAGCGGUUUUCUGUGAUAAGACUUGGUCGUUAUUGAAGGCAGUGCAUUACAGCGGCUACAUUUGUUUGGUUGUAGCUGUCGCUACUUCUGAGUAUUUGGUCGAAAAUACAAGAACAUUUGUCGUUAAAAGUAUGGAUGUCUGAACUCUUCCCUUGUUUUGGUUUAUUUAAAUUCUAACAAGUUAUUGUUUAGUUGUGACUAUCGACGCAUCGUACUGUAUAUUUUAUAUCACGUUUAGUAUUAAAUUUAAUUAUUAUUAAA